AUGAACAGUUGGUUUCUCAGCGUCGCAACUUUGGGAUUCAGCAUUUGGAUGGCAGUUCUUGUAAACAGGCAUCCGAUUCAGUUUUCGGGGUCAAGGUUUGAGAAAGGCAAGCCUGGCUGGUCAUUCAAAGAGCAGGAACGACGCUGUCACUCAACGUGCAGGUUACAAGAGAAGAGUGUUUGCUUAUCCAGCACGACCCUCAUUCAUGUGACUGGACUCGUCUGCCAAUCGACCGUUUCGUUUCCUUCUACAGAUCGUCUCGAGUCAUUUUUGGAUGCAGCCCUCUCUGCUCAUUACAACACCGUGUUCCGUACAUCAGCGGGAUUAAAUUUCAACCUGAACAUCCAAAAUUUAUUUGAUUCGACGAUUCUGAGACUGAAACAAUUCAAGAAAGUUUGCAAUACUCAUUUUAGGCUGCUAAUUGUCGAAACAAUCCCAGACAAUGUGACAUUUGGUACGACCAAGUUACCUGAAAGCACCUUCGAAGCAUGGAAGAAGCUUAUUGAAAAUGCCAGGCACAAAAUCAGCAUCGCCGCUUAUAAAUCCAGUCUCACUGUGAGAGGAGUCUGGAUAUCUCACUGGCAAGAAGCGCUAGUUUCCACUUUUCUGUUGAUCACUGACUUCAGUUCUUAUAAGGGAAGGCAAAUCUACGAUCUUCUAGUGGAGGCAAAAAAGAAAAGAGGAAUCGAAAUUCGGAUGGUUGAAAAUUAUCCUUCGAAAGACGUCGGCGACAACGAAGACGGAAUAAUUCUAGAAAAACACGAUGUGAUUGAACGACGUACAGUAAAUCUGGCGAAGAUUUACGGAUCUGGAAAAAUGCACUCGAAAUUCAUUGUGGUAGACGAGGUAAGUUUCUACGUCGGAUCAGCGAAUCUCGAUUGGCGGUCUCUCAAUCAGAAAAUGGAAAUAGGAUUUCUUGCGACGGGUUGCCCGCAUCUGGCGAAACAGCUGACGAUCGUCUUUGACUCCUACUGGCAUUUGGCUGCUCAAGCACUCACCAACGACCCUCAAUUCGGAGUCAAAACGAGUGCCGCCAAAAACGACGAAGGCCUCCCUGUGUCCGUGGGAACGGGCUGGGCAAAUCGACUUCGCUUCUGCGAUGACGGCGUGGAAUCCGAAGUUUUCAUUGCGACGUCACCGAAACAGCUUAUUACACCAGGCGGAAUCUGGGAUCUCGACGCGAUCAUCUCGGUUAUCAAUCGAGCCGAGAAGUUCAUUUACAUUCACGUCAUGGACUACAUUCCCAUGGUUAUGUACAGUAACCCGCCAUACUACUGGUCUAAGAUCGACGAUGCUUUGCGAGCUGCAGUUCGAAGGAACGUCGAGGUGAAGAUACUUUCAGCAGCUUUGCACUUCGUUUCGAAAAAUCUUCAUUUUCUGCAUUCACUCGAAAUUAUGAAUCGUUCCUCAGUUAUGGUGGUAAGUAAAACGAUAUUGUCACAAUGAUA